AUGAAGUCCUUCUCAAGCUCUGCCAUCAAUAAGUCGGGCAAGAAAUUUGCCCCCAAGGCCCCCGUCCGACGCGCUGCCCCAGCUCCUCCUCGGCGCCCCAGUGUCGCUUCUCAACCCUCAGUUUCUCAACCCUCGCCUUCCCAAACUCCUCAGCCUGCGACCGAGACCGCGACUCCCGAACCUAGUCAAGUAGCUUCGAUUGCGGAACCACCCGCUCCUGUCGAGACAGCAAUUCCCCAGCCGUCUGCGACCCAGACUGCCAAUGUAAAACCAUCUUCGUCUGCGACAGCCAUCCCGAUUCCUCGUUCGACGCGAAAGCCUUCAGUCUCUGCAGUGACUCCCGCUCCCCCCCGUGAAGCUCCUACGCCCUCACAGCCGCCUCAACCCUCGCAAUCCUCUCAGCCUUCCCAGCCUUCCCCGCCCCCACCUAGCACCUCACACGUUGACCCCACCCCGCUGCCUUCGACCGAUGCAGCUGAUAAGCAAACUCGAAACGAUGCUCCUGUGAUUGAACAUGAAAGACUUGAUGGGCCUAAUGUCCGCGAAGAACCCCCAGCGCCCGAGUCGCGCAGCGUUUCCGUUUCCGAGCCCCCUACUGAAAUUCGACCCUCGAAACGCGUCAAGAUCACCUCGGACAUCAGGUCUACUAUCACAGAGCCACAGCCUUCGAUAGAGACCCCUCAACUUAUCACACCGCCUGCAACGCAGACUCCUGCAGCUGAGUCUACGACGGAAAGCCAGGACACUUCUGAACCGCCUGUUACCACCGAUGCAAGCCAAAAGACCACGAAAUCGAGGAAGAGAAGGGCACCCAAGGAUGGAAGCACCGCGACGAAAACGAGAGAGAGAAAACCGCGAGCGCGCAAGCAGCGUGAGCCAACUCCCGAGGGCUCUGAACAGGUUGAGAUCGCACCGGGGGUCAUGAAGAUGUCAGAACUAUGCAAGGACUUGCGGACGGGAAAGAAAUCUAAGCGAGAAGCCGAACUUCGCAAACUAGAACUGGCCGAGCAGGAACGGAAGCAGGCGGCGCAACAGGAAGGUGCACCUGAGGAGCCACCCGCAGUGAAGCAGAACGACAAUGCCAGCGAGCCUCCGGCAGGGGAAAAUGGGGCAGAUCAGUCCCAAAAUGGUCCGGUGAUGAGAAUUGUGAAUGGAGAGAUUGUGCUCGAUACUUCGUCUUUACAAGUUGACCGACACGCUGCAGCGGCGAGGAGCUACGGAGACUUGGAGGAUGUGGUGGAAAAUUCGUUUACACGCAAGAUCAAUCAGUCUACUUACGGAAAGCGCACCAAAACGGAAUCGUGGGACGAGGACCUAACGGAUCUUUUUUACAAAGGGUUGCGCAUGUUCGGCACAGAUUUCAUGAUGAUCAGUAAACUAUUUCCUGGGAGGUCUAGACGCCAGAUAAAGUUGAAAUUCAACAAAGAAGAACGCCGCGACCCUGGCCGCAUAAAAGACACCCUACUGGGUCCGCGAGAGACAUUCGAUAUCCAGUCGUAUUCGGAGAUGACCAACACGGUCUUCGACGACCCAAAGGUUAUACAGCAGGAGCUGGAUGAAGAAAAGAAACGCAUUGAAGAACAGCACGCAAAGGAAAAACAGGCUCAGGAAGAACUUCUCCACAAUCCAGAUGGCGCCGCCGAAGGGGCGGAUCCCGACAAGCCUAACACUGCGCCUACUAAGGGAAAGCGUAACAAGAAGCAAGCUAAAGACAUGGGUGGUGGACAGGAGGAGAUCCUGGGCACGAUCGAUGACUUUCCUUGA